AUGGAGUUAUUACGCAGCCCCGAAUUCACCGCCUACGUGAAAAACCUCCUAGACCGACAUCAUAUACCGGGUCUAGCUAUCGCUAUCAUACAUGACGAUUAUACUGAUUCCGUGGGCUUUGGAAAGGCAUCGCUCGAUCCGCCAAAGGAAUGCACGGGUGAUACACUCUUCGAUGUUGCUUCGGUCUCAAAAGCUCUCACGGCUGCCUCUGUUGCACUUUUAAUCGACGAUGACUACAAAUAUCCGCUCAUCAAGUAUGACACUCCCAUGGCUAGCCUUUUGCCAGAGGAUUUUGUCAUGCCUGGUGGAGACCAUGACGAUGUCACCGUUGAAGAUGUACUCAGCCAUAGAACUGGAAUGCCAUCCCAUGACCAUUCGUACCUAGGCGUUACCGCAGCUAAGCCGGACGAUGCACGCUCAAUCACCAGGAACCUACGGAACCUGACUGUGGCAGCGCCGAAUCGAGCGCAGUACUUUUACUGCAACAUGAUGUAUACCGUUGCAGCGUACCUAGUCGAAUGCAAGACUGGCCUUCCAUUCUCCGAUUUCCUCCAAACCCAUAUCUUCAAACCGCUUGAUAUGAACUCAACCAAUCUCCAACCAGAAGCCGCGCGAGCCAAAGGACUAGGCGACCGUUUCGCCACCGGCUAUUUCUGGGACGAAAAGGCUGAGAAAUAUAAGAUACUGCCAUGUGUCGAUUCCCCAGAAGCAACGGGGGCAGGGCGCGUCAUCUCCAGCGCAAACGACUAUAUCAAAUGGAUUAAAGCGAUGGUUAAGAAACAAGCACCUAUAACGGAAAGCAUCUAUGAAGGUCUCGUCAAGAAGCGCAUUUCAGAAGCUCCGCCCGUCGACAGCGAUGAUAGCGAGAGCGAGGAGGAAGCCCACUCCGUCCCGACCUUUUAUGCUGCAGGCUGGGAAGUUCUGGAGUAUUCUGGCUAUACGAUGAUUACCCAUGACGGAGCAGACCAUGGAUUCGGAAGCACCAAUUUCUUCAUCCCCGAGCUGAAUUUUGGAGCCGUGAUUCUAGGGAACUCGAAUCAUGCGUCUGAAGUUGCGAGAAUCCUCAAGUAUAAGAUGGCAGAUUGGGCUGUGCGCGUACCGAAAUCCGAUACUAAGAGAGUGUUAGAUUCAAUGGCAGCUCAUGGAUCUGAAUCCGAGUCUGACAAUGAUGAUCAUGCUACUAUUAGCGCCGAGGUUGAGAAGGAGCUCAUAGAGGAGAUGUGUCCUGAGACCAAGGAAGCGGAACCUCAGACUCUGCCGCUGAGUGCUUAUGUGGGAGAAUACUGGAACGAUGGCUACAGAGGUGUCAAGGUUGAGGAAAAAGACGGUGCGCUAUACCUCGAUGGUUCUGAUCGAUCGAUGGGCUUUACCAUAAUCUUCAAGCAUAUUCGCGGACAGACGAUGUAUAUUGGCUACAUAGGUGAGGCGCCAUACCCCGAACGCACGCUGAUAAGAGCCGACUUCAAGCUCGAGGGUGACAAGGCCGUCGAGAUAGGUCUGCAAUUGGAAGAUGAGUUGGAUGACUAUAUUUGGUUUAAGAGAGUAGAGGCUUAA